UUGGCGUCCGUGAUAAGAGGGAUACGUGGAUCCCACGGGAGCUUGUUGACCAAUUCCAUUCGCUCGGAGAUGUUGACGCCGACUUUGUCGAAGAGAUUCUGAACGAGCUCUGUCUGAGCGAGCUUGUUCAUGUCGAGCAGGUCUGUCAAUUUGAACGGCUCCGCUGGCUUCUUGGGGACAGUGCCAGGACCUCCAGGCGGCCCACGAAUGAACGUGGGCGCAGCACCUUCGGCGGUGACGGCCUGCCCGGGCCUCCAGCCCUCAGAGAAAUACUGCGCCGUCGCAGAUGCGGCCAAGGCAAGGACGGUCAGGACCUUCAUGGUGGUGCAAAAGGGAGGUGGGUAGGUGCCCAGGCACACCAUUUGAUCUAGGUGAUAACCUGGGUGAUCUCGAUCACCAUCAUAUCUCUUCCCUCGCUGGCACACGCACAGACGGAAUCUACCGCGCAGGUCGUGCUCCGAAAGUGCUGAACUCACGGGACAAUCUUACUUCUUGUACCGAAACCCCAUCCUCUUUGGCUGACGUUCAUUUGGCGGUGGCACGGCAACGUCGCCUAAUUGAAAACACACUGUUUGCACUUCUCGCCUUGCCGACCAUGGUUCGCGCGCGCUGCUUGGCCCUCGCAUUCGGCCUUUUCUCUGCCCUCGGUUCCCAUGCAGCUCCGACGGAUGUCCCAUCCGCAGCAUCUUUCUACGUGCCGUCAAUACCAGACAUCCACCAAGACCCCAAUAACCCAUUGACUAUCUUCGCGGGUCACAUACAAGCGGACCCGGACGCUGCCAAGGCCAGCGCGAAGGAUGUGACUUCUCAUCUGUACUUCGUACUCGUGAAGAAUCGACGCGUGGCGGACAAGCAGCGGGUAAUGUUCUGGUUCAAUGGCGGCCCUGGGUGCUCGUCCUUCGAUGGCCUCAUGAUGGAAGUCGGGCCGUGGAGGAUGGAUGGCAAGGGCGGCUUCAAAGUCGAAGAGGGUGGAUGGGAGGAAUACAUGACAGUGGUCUACGGUUCGCCGUCCUCGACUGAUGGACUAUCGCAGCAUGCUCAUGUCGUGCCUAGUUGACCAGCCUGUCGGGACAGGGUUCUCAUACGGCAGCUCGGACAAGUACGUCCACACGAUGGAAGAGGUGUGUCUGCCCUAGCAUUGCGAUUAUAUAUCCUAAUCCAGCCAGGCCGUCGCCCAAUUUAUGGAAUUCCUGGGAAACUUCUACAAAGUAUUCCCUGAAUACCAGCACAUGGACGUGCGUUAUCGUUUCCUCUACCGGGUGCUCUGAAGUUCAAAUGCCGCAUAGACUUAUCUUGGGGGCGAAAGCUAUGCCGGUCAAUGGAUUCCUUACUUUGCCGAUGGCAUUCUGAGUUCGAAACUCGGUGUCGGGCUUCGCGGGAUCGCUAUCGGGAAUGGCUGGAUUGACGCGAGAAGGCAAUAUCCGUCGUAUCUCGACUAUGCUGUGAAGGUCGGGAUUUUGGAGGAGAAUACCGAGCCUUGGAAACGUGCCAAGGCGAGGACGGACGAGUGCAUGGCUGACCUGAACAAGAUCACGGAUCCCAAGGAACCCAUCGUCGCUAGUGGGUGCGAAGGUCUCCUACUCGACGUCACUGCGGUCAGAGAAAGAAU